AGACACGUGUAAUUAAUGCGACCAGGAGUCGCGCUGUACGUCAUACAUCCGCGACGGCGCGCUCACGCACCACGACCUUCUAGAAUACGAUUCGGACGAUGUGUCGGUGAUUUCGUGCUUGUGUGUGUUAAUUUGGGCAGAAUUAUGUUUCGUGCAUCUUUCACGAUAUGUACCAGACGCUUUUGUUCCCGGCUGGUGUCGUCCAUCUCUGGAGAAAGCGCGCUCCCGUCAAAUUUGCGUCUUCCUUCCAAUCUAAUCGGAGUUCCGAGAAAAAAGGCAGCCGUCCCCACCGCCUCGGAGCUUCCAGUUCUGCGCAGAUGCGAUGCUGAUAUUCCGUCCCAUCUCGCGCCUGUUCAGACGUGGUUGCACUCCUUAGGCAGUUAUGACAGCGAGCCGUUGGGGGUCGUGGAUCUUCACCCCGAUGUGUUUUCUGUUCCAGUCAGGCUCGAUAUACUCCAUGCUGUGGAGGUCUGGCAGAGGAACUUCAAAAGAAUUAGCCAUGCCAAGGUGAAGAGCCGGGCAGAGGUCAGAGGAGGAGGCAGAAAGCCCUGGAAACAGAAGGGAGGUGGACGCGCUCGCCAAGGAAGCAUUCGCUCCCCUUUAUGGAGAGGAGGUGGAGUUGCUCAUGGUCCAAGAGGACCAACCAGUUAUUACUACAUGCUGCCCAUGAAGGUGCGUGUACAAGGCCUGAAAAUCGCCCUGACCGCCAAACUUGCACAGGAUUAUCUUCACGUUAUUGACACUUUGGAGAUUCCCACUCCGGACCCACACUAUCUGGAGGAACUGGUCAGACACAGGCAGUGGGGAGAGUCAGUCCUGAUCGUGGAUGUAGGGGAGGAGUUUUCUGACAACGUUCUACAGGCCACAGCAAACAUGAAGACUAUUAAUAUCAUUCCAGCUAUAGGUUUGAAUGUUCACAGCAUGCUGAAACACGAGAGUCUGGUCCUCACGCUGGAGGCUGUGAAGUUUCUAGAAAAGAAGUUGCUGUGGCACGACUGCCGCUUCACCCCGCUCUACCCUUUCAAAUUGCCCUAUAGUGACCUGCCGUAGACGCCUGUGUAUUAAAAGAAUACGUUUAUUUCUUAAAA